AUGUCCCGGAGCGCACCUGCUUUUGGAGCGCUCUUGCUUCUGAUGUGCACACUGCCCGUCCGGCUCCAUGCCGCCGCACCGCCCGCUUCCGUUGUGGCGGUUGCUAAUCGUGACGCGGAGGGCGCCAUCGUACUGGACGCAGACGUAUCACGCAACUACCAGCCAACCGGCACUGCAUGCCGUGACAGCUGCCUCAACACCACCGGUUGCAAUGUGUGGGUGUGGUGUGGCGCCGUGAGUGGCUGUGCACAGGCUGGCUCCUACACCCGAGACCCAAGCAAGUUUCAGCAAUGCUGGUUGAAGUCCGACAAUGUGCCCAAAGUGGGCCAGUUCCCCCGCUCCAAGAACUCGCCUGAUCAGGCAACUGGCUGGAUGAGCGGCACCACCGCGCCGGGCGUUAAUGAUGCCGCACCAUCGCCCGAACAGGCAUAUUCCUGCACCUGUCAAGCGGACUACACAGCCAGUGGCUUUCGUUUCAAGGGUGUUUGUGCGCAGAACGAGGGAUGGGGUCUGUCCUGUCCCGUGGACAGCAGCAGCUGCAAAGAUGGGACGGACAGCGGUCUCCGCGGCUGCCCGACCAUGCAACCUUGCACCGUGCUGCUGGAUACCGAUCUGCAGGAGGAUAAGGUACUAAGGAGGCCGGUGCUGGUGUCGGGUGACAAUAACAGCGCGGACUCAGCGGAGGAUUGCUGCUCCCAGUGCGCCAGCGCCCAGGGCUGCACCAUAUGGACCUGGUGUGCUGAUCCAACGGGUUGCGACGGCGAGCGGUACCGCUUCCGCCAGUGCUGGCUCAAGCAAGCCGACCCCAACAACCCCCAGCCCAAGAAGGGAUACGGCGGCAGUCGCGGAUGGAUUAGCGGCGUGCGGCUGGCCUGGCUGCCGCUGUGA